CGCAGUCAGUUGAGCCCUUCGGAAAGCAAACAAUUGCUCUUGUGGAGGAACGAAAUAAAGUAGAAGAGGGACGCGAUGACGCCGUCAGCGUGCGAGAGCUCCCCGUAGCUUUGUCAGUGAUGCUGAGUAAAUCCUUGUGAACACCCGUGCCCCCUUGAAACUGUAUGGCGAUCUCCUUAAAGUAGCGGUCUAGUACUAAAAUUCCUAGCCGUUUGCGUUGGCUUCCAGCGAUCCAGAUUGAACAGCGGAUAUCCAGGGAUCCCAGAAUGACAAUCACCUUCAAUCGAAGCGGCACCAAUGGUUUUGUCAGCUUUGACUCAUACUGCGGAGACAGCGAAGCUUUGCGCCCACGAAGCUGCAAUGCUGUGUCUCUAGAAUGGAAAAACAUCAAAUAUGAAGUGCCAGUCGAGAAAGGCAAAAGAGUGCUUAUCAACCAAAUGUACGGAAGGUGUGCUCCGGGUACGCUUACUGCGAUUAUGGGGCCCUCCGGUGCCGGGAAAACAACGCUUAUGAACAUCCUUUCUGGACAUUAUGACACAGGAUAUGAGGGUGAAGUGCAAGUCAACGGCUGCGUGAGGGACACAAAACUCUUCAAUAUGCAAAGCUGCUACGUCAUGCAAGAUGAUUGCAUCCUGCCAGAACUAACCGUACGUGAAGCCCUAAGCAUGAGUGUCCAGCUACGCACGCCAUCGAUUAGAAGCUCGACAAGACGCGAAAUUGUGGAUGAUGCCAUCCAGCGGUGGGGCCUGACAGAGUGCCAGAAUACAAGGGCCAGCUAUCUCUCUGGAGGCCAAAGAAAAAGGCUUGCCAUAUCACAAGAGCUCAUUAGCAACCCUCCUGUCAUCUUCCUGGACGAGCCCACCAGCGGACUAGACAGCAGCUCAGCCCUAAGGUGCGUUCUGGUGCUGCGGUCAUUAGCCGCAUGUGGGCACACCGUGUUGUGUUCGAUUCACAACCCCAGCGCAACACUGUUCUCACAUUUUGACAAGCUGUACAUGAUCUCGGAAGGAAUGUGCAUUUACAAUGGUCCCGUCGACAAAUUGCUGCCGUUUCUGGCCGCUCAGAAUCUCCGCUGUCCGAUACAUCAUAAUCCAUCUGACUUCAUUACAGAGAUAGCGUCCGGAGAGCACGGGGAGCUUAGCAAACAGCUAGCAAGGUCCUUUAAACCUGGCAUCCUUAUUGACAACGGCAAGAACAACUUUGACCAUCCGCAACUUACACAAUAUGGUGGAAGAGUGAUGACAGAUGCGGAAAAGCAACAAGAACGUGACAUGUACAAAAUAAACGCAAGCGCUUUUCUGCAGUUCGGCGUACUCUUGAAACGGUGCUUCUUUUGCUUAUUCAGAAAUAAGGUUGCGUCGCAGCUUCGCAUCUUGGCGUACUUGUUCUUUUCUGCUCUCCUAACCAUGAUGUACUACGGAAUCGGGAACAGAGCCACCCGUGUAAUGAAUAAUGCCGCCAUGUUUGUCGUGGCCCUGGCAAUCAUCCUUUUCCAGUCCAUUAUGCCGACAGUAUUGAUAUUCCCUACAGAGCUCAGUGUCUUACUGAGGGAACAUCGGAACUGUUGGUACAGCCCAAGCAUGUACUACGUCGCUAGAAUCAUCACUGAGAUGCCUUUUACGGUUGGCGGGCCUCUGAUUAUGAUGUGCAUCCUGCAUUGGUCCACCGCCCAGCCGCCCGAGUUCCAUCGCAUCGCCGCCGUCGUCCUGCUAGCCGUGCAGACAUGCGCCACGAGCCAGGCCAUCGCGCUUGUCGUCUCAGCUGCCAGCAGCAUGCAGACUGCCCUCUUCAUGGCCCUGCCGGCAGCGGCGCCAUCGUUUCUCUUCUGCGGCUACUUCGUCCAGGUGCGCCACCUGCACCCGGCCUUCGCCUGGAUCACGUACACGUCGCACGUUUACCACGCCCACCAAGGAAUACUGCAUGCCAUCUACGGGCACGGGCGCGAAGAGCUCGACUGCGACGACGACAGCUUCUGCUUUUUGAGCGACCCGCGCGAAAUCCUGGACAAAUUGGACGCGCAGCACGCCUACCUCUCGGUCAAGUUCUCUAUACUGCUGGGCAUGGACCUUUUCCUUAAGGUCAUCGCUUUCUUCGUGCUCAAGUGGCGCCUGCGACGGAAGCGAUAAUGCCGCCGCUUGUACUUACCGCUUGCUUUUUGCAAGAAAAGACCAUCAGGGCAUAUCAGCGCGAACAAAAACGGUUCUCGGUUUAUACAAAGCUGUUAGGCCCACUUAAGGUGGAAACCGCGGGCCACGUGACAGCUCGUGAUAAGAGGGCAACUUGUAAGCAGUGAUAGCAGUACAGAAAUACCAUCUUUCAUUGAAAAGUAUAAAAUGACUGAGUAAACACUUAGCUGCAAGGUUCUCGAAACAGCCUUUUGUCAUGGCUUGUUAUUCUACGUGUAAAUGAAAGAAGUUAGCUCAUUGUAAACAAAAAUUUGCUUACGUUUCAAUUUGGAUCAUUACGUUUCUCCCCAAAUGAAGCGCAUUUUUAAAGAAACGAUUACCUGCAUUGCACAUAAGACUACCAUUAAAUCAGUUCGCAGAGGUUUUGCGAUGAGAAAAAGGAAGCAUAGACAAAAAGAACAUGCCCCCACCAAGACUUCCAGUGAAACGCUACAACCUUUAGAUACAAACUACUUUAUUUUAGAAAAAAAACAGCGAUAGCCAACCAGCUGACCAGGCUGUACUUUUCUUUUUCUAGAAAGCACUGAGCUUUACGGUGGUUUUUCAUAAUACUCACAGCACGGGGGCACACUCUCGGCGCUAAGUAGUGCGCACAUUGGAGACAUAAUUGACGAGUAAUGCGUACCCUGCCAUGAUUGAUGCGCCAGCAGGACCAGCACGUUUUAUUUAUUUUUUUCUCCAUGUUUCCUUUCCUGUCUUUUUUAUUUUUUUUUUUACUGCGAGAAGUGUUCACGAGCAAGGGCAAUCGUUCUAGUUUCGUGGCACGAAAAAAAAAAAGAUAGGUAGGCGCGCGAAACAAGGACACAAGAAGAACGAGAGGGACAACACAGAUGCAGGCUGCCCUCGUUAACCUCACGUUCUUGUUUUUCACGCCUACAUUCUCGUGCCAUGAAUCCCCGCGAAAUUCUUCAGUUUUCUCUCGUACACAGGUGUUCGUCGCGCUUUUGAGAAGCAUGGAAACGUAGCGAAAAGUAAAGGUAACUUAGCCGAACAGGUUUGCCUGCGGUGCGUGAACCAACGAUCGUACAGUGUCAUGCUGCAGCAUUAGAGCGACUGCUCGGCAGCCUCUUUUUCCGGUCUAGUAACUUGAUAAGCACAGCACAGACACUUGAUAAGAUGUUCAUAUAACACGGUCACUGUGUGGUGCACAUUUCGUGUAAGUGAGCAGAUAAUAGUUACAUCGGGUGCUGUGGGACACCUAUACGACUCUUCGUCUGGCCUACUUCGUGCUCCAAAACACAAAUGCAUAUUUUUCGCACAAAGCACAAAUUGAUACGCUGUGCUGCCACGUCGGUGCACCUGCGCUCCGGCUAACUGCUCCUUCGGUCCGUAGAAUUUUCUACACACAUUUGCAGAAAAUGCUCUGGCGCUAUCAUCUACGCGAGCUAAAAGUACGGUGGUUGAUACAGCGUAGGCAUGAUCGGCGUUAAUUGGAUUUCGUCCUUUUGGCUUCUAUAAAGGCUUUGCGAGUUCGCAAUUUGAACAUCUUGAACGAAAUCGAAACGCAGGCGGUUACGUUGCGGUAAUUUUUGCAUGUGCACAGAAACUUAUUGCCCUGCCGUGUUUAGAAAACUGUGAUUGCUCAGAAAUUUGGCAGGUAAAGCGAGAAAAGUAACGCCAAAAGAACGUCUGAAGCCACAAGGACGACGAAUAAACAAACACUGGUACAACUAUUCCCUGGUAGCACAACGAUCGCUGCUCCAGAGCUCCCUCUAGAAGUUUCUGUCGAAAAAUAUAUGCGUCAAAUCUACUGGUGCACAUGGUGUGAGCGAUAUUCGCUUCUUCCUUAUGAAAAUCAGCAAUAAGUGCGCCAGCGGUAAAGGCAAACUUAUUAAAAGACAUCUAGGGCACGUCUGCUUAACCUGGUGUGUGCUUUCGACUCCGUUAGUCUGCUGCUGCAUGCAAGCUCCAUGCUUCAUUGAGUUGCGGGCUGGCAUCUUACACAAGUAAGGAGCUUUCAGCAGUUCGUUGAAGUUUUCUCAAACUUCUGGGCAGAUGCACCGAUGAAAUCUUCUCAGGGUCACGUGGAAGUCUAUGCGUAUCGAGAAGUAGGAGCACAUAGAUGCUGUUCGCCGUAAUUGAGUCAGGCUGAUCGCAAAGUCACUUGUGUCUUGGUAUUUCUGACUUGCCUUCUUUCCUAUUUAUUUCGAAAGGCAUAAUCUGCCUUUCUCAAACUUUCAUGUCAGAAUAUCUGGGCUUCGUGCAGUCAUCGCAAAUGCGAGUAACCAAGUUUUAACCCUGUUCGUGAGGUCUUCAAGGUUCUUCGCCUCACUCAAGGAGGACUCCUGAAAUGCCCUGAAAAUUUUCAGCCAAUAGAGAAAUUAUCAUCGUUCGGUGUUUCCACACGAGGUUACAUAAAAACUGACCAAGGUGAACGUCACCUAUUAUGCGUGGUCCACUGAUCGAUGAAGAUAACCAGCCUAAUUUGCAUGACAAAGAUAAUAGCCCGGUUAAAUUCUGAAUUGAGACAACCGGGCCAAAAACAUAUUCAGUUGUUUCUACGCGCAUAUGAAACGUCAUUGCAGCUGCUAUUUCUUUUAUUAAAACCUGCUCAACGACUCACAAUCUUGUGAUGGCAGUAGGACAUUUCCUGCUCUUUUUGAGCUGCCAAACAAAGAACUGACUCGGCAUCCCGGCCCUGCGAAAGUGACUGUCCAGUGAAGCUGUUAAAGAUCACCCCUACAGCUGCAGAGGUGGGUAUGCAAUGUUUUAUUGCUUUAGAGUAAUGGUAGUAAUGGUAAUUUAGAGUAAUUGUAGUAAUGGGAGUAAUCGUAAUUUUGGCAGCACGCCGCCUCUGGUCGUAUCGCAGCUUCUUUUUCCUUUGCCCUUCAACUUAUUCACGCUGCUCGUCGCAGGCUGUCGUCGCUGUGGCAGCUUGCGAAACAGUUAUCUUUAUUGGGUAACGUAUGCGGGGAGCACCUAGGUGCUUUGCAAUAUCCAAUCUCAAUGCAGAGGUGUACCUCAAGGUUCAGUUCUCGACCCGAUUCUUUUUUUUCUCUUUAUACGUAAAUGACUUUCCCAUACUUUGCAGUCAUCUGAUGUACUUAUGUACGCAGAUGACGCAGCAAUGGCAAUUACGCCUGAUAACCCCAUUGAACUUGAAAACAGAACUAAGUCAGAAUUAAAACGCAUAUAAGCAUGGUACUAAGCUAACAAAUUAAAUGUAAAAGCAAAGAAAAAGUACACAGCGUUCCACCCGUGUAGACGAAAUUUAUAUCGUGACUUCUGCAUUACAAUUCCUCUUCACUUGAGUGGACACCUGUCUUCAUAUAUCUCGGAGUGUCGUCGGACUGCCGUUUACACUGGCAGGAUCAAAUUAAUUACGUACCUGCGAAACUGGCACCUAGAUGUAUUAUUCUUUUGCAAGCUCGAAACUACUUUGAUGUUCAUAUAUUGCGCACCCUGUAUUUUGCAUUCAUGCACAAUGUUUUGUCCUACUGCGUCGAAUCCUGGGGUUGGACGUACAAGACAUAUUGAUCCCGUUAUGAAAUAGCAAAAACGAGCACUCAGAAUAACUAACAAAAUCAAAGCAUGGCAAUCCAAGUAAGCCACUCUUUGAUAACUUAAUGAUACUGACAUUUGAUUUCUUACGCCAAUUAAAGAAAGUUACAGUCGUAGCCUCUAUUACACAUCAUAACCAUACCAUUGAUAUGGCAGUAUUUCACACCUCGGAUCUCGUCACCAGAAUUGUUAGUUCUAAACAUUUUAACUUACCCGUAGCAAAAAAUGUAUGUGGACAACGGCUAAUGAAGUUUAUUGCAGCCAAAAUUUGGAAUCAACUUCCGCUUCAUUAAAAGAGCCUUCUCAUUUCCGUCUGUCAUGAAGCGAUAUUUUGCACAAAACAUUUCAGUAGAUUUAACUUUUAUAAUAUGCAUGUAUACUCGCAAUGUGACAAAGAAGAUGUAUGCGUGUUUGUCUCUAACAUUGGCGUGUUAAGAAAACUCCUUUGUAUAUUUUUGUGUUGCCAAUUUUGCUUACAGAUGCGUGCGUGCUCGUGCGCGUGCGUGCCCCCGUUUCCCUGUCUAUUUCGCAUAUUGCCAAAUUUAUGAGACUAUAUGUUAUUUCUACUAGCGUCUCUUUAUUAUACCAAUCAACCUUGUAAAAACUUUUUUUCGUGCUUGCAUUAACACAACUUUUAUGUACUUGGCCAUUUACUAGCCUCCGGCUAUGGGUCAAGACAGUUUUUGUAUAUUCUGCAGUGACGUAAAAUUAAAGAAUAAAUUGAAAUUGAAAAUUGAAAAAAGAAAAUAAUCAGGAGCGCUGCAGCAUCAAUGAUGUGGUUGUAGGGUUUGAAUGCUUCUUAUGUGCUUGCUCUUUAUUGAAACGAAUGCUGUGCUGUAUGUCGUAUACGUGACACUAAAGAAUGUAUGCACUUUCCGCUUCAA